CACAUCUGCACUCGCGGCUCUAAUGCUGCUUUUGUACGGUACCAUCUUCCCCGGGUUGUGCUCAGAAGACGAGGAGCGCCUAGUGCGGGACCUGUUCCGAGGCUACAACAAACUGAUUCGACCCGUACAAAACAUGACUCAGAAAGUAGACGUGAGAUUUGGUCUGGCCUUCGUUCAACUCAUCAACGUCAACGAAAAGAAUCAAAUUAUGAAAUCGAACGUGUGGCUAAGGCUUGUUUGGAAUGACUAUCAGCUGCAGUGGGACGAAGCAGACUACGGCGGUAUCGGUGUGCUGCGAUUACCGCCAGACAAAGUAUGGAAACCGGACAUCGUAUUGUUCAACAAUGCUGACGGUAACUACGAAGUCCGAUAUAAGUCUAACGUGCUGAUUUACCCGAACGGCGAAGUGCUCUGGGUUCCGCCCGCCAUAUACCAGAGUUCAUGUACGAUAGACGUAACUUACUUCCCGUUCGACCAGCAAACAUGCAUCAUGAAGUUUGGUUCAUGGACGUUCAACGGUGACCAAGUGUCCUUAGCUCUGUACAAUAACAAGAACUUUGUGGAUCUGUCAGACUACUGGAAGUCGGGUACCUGGGACAUCAUCGAGGUGCCGGCGUACCUCAACAUCUACGAGGGGCCGCAUCCCACUGAGACCGACAUCACCUUCUACAUCAUCAUCCGUCGCAAAACUCUCUUCUACACGGUUAACUUGAUCCUGCCCACGGUCCUCAUCUCGUUCCUGUGCGUGCUCGUGUUUUACCUGCCCGCUGAGGCAGGGGAGAAGGUCACACUUGGUAUCAGUAUCCUCCUCUCACUCGUUGUGUUCCUCCUCCUCGUCUCCAAGAUUCUCCCGCCCACGUCGCUCGUGCUGCCCCUCAUAGCCAAGUACUUGCUGUUCACCUUCAUCAUGAACACCGUCAGUAUUUUAGUCACGGUUAUUAUAAUCAAUUGGAACUUCCGAGGUCCCAGGACGCAUCGUAUGCCGCCCUGGAUCCGUGCGGUCUUCCUCUACUACCUUCCCAUCGUCCUGCUCAUGAAGCGGCCCAAGAAGACGAGGCUGCGUUGGAUGAUGGAGAUGCCCGGCAUGUCCGCGCCUCCGCACCCCUCGUACGGCAGUCCGGCCGAGCUGCCAAAGCAUCUGCCCCCCUCGGCGCCGGGCAAGAGCAAAAUGGAGGUGAUGGAGCUGUCCGACCUCCAUCACCCAAACUGUAAGAUCAAUCGCAAGGCAAGCGCCGAGCGGAGAGAGAGCGAGAGUUCGGACUCGCUGCUGCUGUCUCCUGAGGCGUCCAAGGCGACUGAGGCUGUUGAGUUCAUUGCAGAACAUCUACGAAACGAGGAUCAGUAUAUACAGAUCCGGGAAGACUGGAAGUACGUAGCCAUGGUGAUAGAUCGGCUGCAGUUGUACAUUUUCUUCAUAGUGACGACCGCUGGUACUGUGGGAAUUCUCAUGGACGCACCACACAUAUUCGAAUAUGUGGAUCAAGACAAAAUAAUCGAGAUCUACCGUGGUAAAUGACUUGCCGCCUGUUACCGUGAUACUAAUAGGAUACUGUACGUAAAAAACAAUAAUUUAAAAGUAUUGACAUUGUUUUCUUAUAAAUAUUACAAUUAUAUUAUAAUUGAAAGUUGUGUAUAAAUUGAAAAAUGUUGUUAUUGGCCUCUUCGUGGGUUUUAUCUGCACGUAGGCGAGCGAAGACUAGAGUAUUGCUUUGGGUCACAGAAAUCAACUCCUCCUCUUGAUCAUAAUGAAUCAAAUAUUUCAUCGGUUAAUAAAUCUAAAUUAGUUUAAAGUAACCAGGAUUCUAAUAUAAAAUAGUGUGUAGUGACUCAAUUUAGAUUUACCAGUCAUUUGUGUUAGAUAAAUCAUAAGUAACACAAAUCUUUACAAAAUCAAGUUCUAAACAACCAUUUAAAUCAACAAGUAACAUAUAAAUGAAACAAUCGCCAACAAAUUUCCCUAAACCGUAUUUUAGCUUGGUUUAUCAUAUUUGUCUAUUUAUAAAGCCAUAUGAAUACCGGAUAAUUUCAUUAAAUCGAUUCAAACAAGAUUUGAACCCUCGUGUGGCCUUACUUUAAACUUAACUUGUACGAAUAAAUUUUUGUACCUAAAGAUGUGAUUGGAGGCGAAUCCUGUGACCCGACAAUACCUAGCAGCCUGCCAAUGCUCAGUAUGCUUGAGAACAAUAUGCUUUAAACACUGUGGACAUUUUAAGUUCCACUUUUAACGUACAAGUCCACUAAUCAGACAGUAGCGACUAGGGGGGAAGUGUUGGGGGAAGGGGGGGUUAAAACUAUUAUGAGCUCCUUCCACACUUUAAUUUGACUUGAAGUACUAAAUUGUAACUUGGUUUAACCUUUCGUAUAUUCCACGACAAUAACACCCAUGAUUUAGUGUUGCUCAACUAACUACCGGUACCGGUACCACAAACAUAAAAUUUGAUGAUUUUAAUUAUUUCCGUUCUGUGUUUUCAUGACUUUCAGAAAUCUUUCUUAAAUACAUUAUUUCCUUUCACUAUUAGUUAAAUGAACAAAAUACCCAUUGGAAAAGAAACCAUUAUCGUUUUUUUCCUAGGACUCUUUGAACUAAAGUUUUUCCUCAAAAUUUCAACAUUCGAUGGUCAAGACAUGUUGUUCUUGGAAAUGCAAAUCAAACUUCUUCCGACUGUGGCUCUCAUAUGCAUAUUGUUCUCGGGUAACUCACAUAAAAUAUGCAUUUUAAUGUUGUGUUGCUCGGUACUAGUCCAUUAUCUGAACGUAGUUUAGAAAACAAGCCUUUCAACAUCUACUGGACAUCUCAUUACGAGAUGUCUGGCGAUGUACAGGCGUCGUGUGCUCAACAUUAUGUAUCUGUAGAGACUCUUAUUUUAUUAAAAUAUUAAUUAUAUAUAAUAAAUCGAUAAACAUAAUGUAAUAAACAAGGGGGAUGCCCUGAGAACGUUCCAUCUACGGGUGUAGGUCACUCCGAUCACAGAAGCUCAACAACUCGAUUUCUAUUCGCAAUAACAUUAAACCGUAACAAAUUUCUUUGUGGAUAUUGUGUGAAAUUUAUUUUCUACGAGAAUGAUUUGUUAUUACAUGUUACUUAAUAUUUAAGAGUCUUAAUAUCAUAGUAGGAGUCGAUGUGAACGAUGUACAGAAAAAGCUAUUGUUUUAGGUAUUACGAAAUGAAAUUUUAUACAGACCAUCGAUUUGUAAAAUAAGUAUAUCCUUAGAAACUAAGCAAUACAGCUUUCACGUUUUGAAGUGUGACACUUCUACAAUCAAAUUUAUAUUUGUUAGUUAAGUUUCUUCGUGCAUAAUGUUAAUCUUACAAAUUGCCGGAUCGUUUAAGUGGACUAAGAAGAAAUCCUUCCUUGACAAAAUCUGUUUGUACAAUGUUUAGGGUAUUUCAAAGAUUCACUACAUUUUUUGCUUUUAACCGAUUUCAAUACAUUUGAGGUAGUAUCAUAUAAUAAUUCAUACCACAGAUUGUUCUGAAACUUGUAUUUUUAUCAAAUAUUAUGCAGUGUGUUUAUACUACGAGGAACAUAGAAUACAUUUUAGGGGUAAAAUGGUCUUUAUGGAUCAAGAUAAAAAUUAAGAAGAUUAUAGAUUUCACAAAUUCAAUGUAAUUUUAAAAUUUUCUGAAUAACUCAUGUAAAGAGAUAAGUGCUUGUGAAAAUGUAUUUACGUUUUAAAAUGUUUGUAAUCGUUAAAUUUAAAUUAUUCAUUCCAACCUUCGACUCACUUUUGUUGAAUACAUUUUAAUAAUCACCCAAAUAAUCAUAGUUGUGCAGGUUUUGUCUUUGCAUUUCAUCAGGUAACUAAACAGUGUAGUCAUUGAAACCUUUUUAUGUAAAUGGUAAACUUACCAUAGAGAUUUAAUUUAAUUAAGUUUAGAAUAAUUGUAGUCUAAAGUAAUCAUUUACUACAAUUGUUAUUUAGAAUUAAACAUCACUAAAUAUUUUUACGGUUAAAAUACAGUUUUUUUAUGAACAUUUUCAAAUUCACACUACUCUUUUAUAUCAAAGACAUUCUCAUCAUCUAAUCUUUUUAAUUAGCUUAAAUUAACAGUAGCACUGCUUUUUAAACUAACUUUUUAUAUUAAUUGUUAUCUAUCUUCCCAAUGAAAAUACCAUACCACUACCAGUUAGCUACCUUUGUGUUAGCAUACCCAAAUAUUACAUCUAUUGUUCUCUAAAGCAGUUGGCUACAUUUGAGUUAGCAUACCCAAAUAUUACAUCUUUUGUAUUAUAAAACAGUUUGCUACAUUUAGGUUAGCUUACCCAAAUAUACAUCUAUUUUAAUCUAAAGAAGAGGUGGUUUCUGUGGUUUUGGUUCCGGGUGAGUGCAAAAACUACUGAACUGACUGAGCUGAAACUUGAUAGAAAUGAAGAUCAUGUUGGAAUACCAACACAUCAUAUCCUGUAUUUUCAUGUUGUUGAAAUUCAGUCAGUGUGUGAUCCAUAUAAACAUAACCCUUUUUAACUUGAGCUUUCGGAAGUAAGGACAGAUCUAUGAUAUAUUCUACACAACUUCAUCUGGAUAGGUUCAGUAGUUUUUGCCUUUAACAAUCUCACAGAAACAUUUUCUUCUUUAUGAUAUAAUAGAGACUAUUAAGUGAGUCAAAUAUGACUUAAUGAAUCCUAUCAGGCCAGGAAAAUUGUAUUCAGGGAUUCAUUAAAAUAAUCUAAAUGUACAUGAAAUGGGUGUUAAUUUUGAUCUCAAAUUCUGUAUUGUUAUCAGCAAGCUUCUCCUUCCAUUACCCUGAACUAAAUAAGAAAUAUAAAAUGAUAAAAUGUACCAUAAAUUACAGAUUUUGUGUGUGUUACUUUAGUGACUAAUGAUAUACUAUAUGUUUUAACUUGUAAAUAAUAUUUACAGGAAAGUUAUGUAUAGAUGCUGAACCCGCUUAAUGAUUUAUUAGUAACCAAAAGACACCGGUAAAUGUUAACUAAUAAGUACAGUAAGAGAAAUAUCUACGGGUAGUGAAAUAUGGGAGAUGUAAAAUAGCUGCGGAACGAUUCAUUGUUAGUUUCUAUUUGAGUUGGGUAGCACGUUUAUUUUAUUUCUUAGACAAUCUAUGCAAAGACUUAAUAACUAACGAACUAUGUUUCGCCGUUGUGAGAUGUUUUGGAUUCCCGAUGGAUGACUGUAUGAGUGAAUGAAUGAAACUAUUUUGGAUGCAUAUACUGCCUCAAUAUGUUAAGACUAUGUUAAAAGUGAAACCUGUACAUUACAAAUUGUGUAUAAAACUAUAUAUAUUAUAUAUAAGACUUGAGUACAAUAUAAGGAAGGAUUAAAGAUCGGUAGAUAUAUUCGAUUUGUUAAUAACUAUGUAUUUUAUUAUUUGAAUGUGAAAAUUACAUUUUGUUGGUUAUGGUUACGUACCAUAUUGGUGUUUCAAACUCCUUGACGUCAUAAUCAAAGAACUGUAUUAUAAGGGUUGAACACUUCAUUUUUACAUAAGUUCUAAUGAUGUUGAAACACACUCAAACUGUUUGGUGUAGUAAUUUUGCUGAGAUUUUUUUGUAGGUUUUGGUGAGGAAGAGAGUUUCAGUCAUAAAAAGUUGUUAACAAGUUCAGAAUCCCCAGAAAGUUCAUAUACAUAUUGCAAAUACAAACGCACAAAUAUACUUCGUUUAUGUUUAAACCAUAGAAAGCCCCACCUGUUUUGCCUGUAUAGAAAAACUAUUUGAAUUUUUCAAGGUUCUACAGCUGUUUCUUACAUAAUCUAACUAAAACACUCAGGUCCAAAAAAAAAAAAAUCAUGUAACCAUCCGUUUAUGGUUGAUAAAGAAUUAAAAACUGAAAAACAAAAUCAAUUGGAUAUUCUAGUAUAAUUCGAGAUAGAAAAAUUUGUUUACCCAAAGGCAGAGUUAGAACAUUAUUGAAAAAAAAGGGCACCAAUAACUUUUAUUCUAGAUUAAUUUAGAAGGAAAUUAAUCCACACCUAAUUUUACUUUGCCACUUUAGUUCAUUUGCUAUGCUUUACCAAAAAAAAAAUCAAAUUUGUAAUGUAAAGAAUCAAAUUAAAAAAAAAUAAGUUCCUUAGGUCAAUGCAAAUUAAGAAACUUGAGUUUUGAAACACACUUCUACAACUAUGAUCUACAGCUUAUACGUACUAUUUCUUUACGUCGUGGAUGAAGAGAGUAAUCGGAGUAUUGAAAGUAUCGGGAAGUAUCGCCGAAGUUGGCUAAAUGUUUCCCUAUUGCAUUGUGGUGUCAUUUAGUGUCUCCUUGCUUGUGAACUCCUUCUUUGUAAAUAACCACCGGCAAAGACAAAACAUAACUGCAGGAAAGAGUUGUUCGAAAAUGUUCAUUUGAAUGUCAAACCACAUCACUUGCGAUAUGAGUGUAUCAUUUGAACAAUCAUUUUACUAAAACUACAUUUGUCAGGAAAAAUCUCGUUAAAUGAUGUCACGUUGUACGCAAUGUUUUCUAAAUGGCCAUUUUCGCUCACAUUUGUAAAAAUAAAUAUUCCUGCCAUACGACAUCAAUAAUGAGACUCACGAUGCCAAACUCGACCGAAACACUAAUUUAUUUUAUAUACCGUAAACAAAACUUUGUUCUCGUAUGUUGCAAAAUCUAUCACCACAUUUAUACUAUAAUACAAUAAAAAUAGUUAAACCUAACUUUUUAAACCAAGUGAUUGUCAAUAAUAUACUAAAUCGUUUAAAUUUGUAUGUAAUAAAAUAAAUGUAAU